UGUUUACGUGUGAUAAUCAAUCCAGCGGUGACACGACAGACGCUCUCUCUCUCUCUCACCAGAUUGUGAUAAUUCUUUCUCGUCUUUUAUCACUAACUAAAGCCAUUCCUAAAAUAUUGUUAGUAUGAUGGACACAGUUUUGGGAUUUUCGGUCCAUAUGGACUUUGAGGGACAAAAACUGGCUGAGAGACUGUUUCAGAUCAUUGUGGUUACAUUUGGUGCUGUAGGUUGGCUGUAUGGGUACUACGUGCAAGACUUCUUUAUGACUGUCCUCACCCUUGGUGCCGGCUUUGUGUUAGCGUGCUUGGUAACGUUGCCUCCCUGGCCAGUCUACCGACGAUACCCCCUUAAGUGGGCUCCUCCUCAAGAUGCUGCUUCUGCCUCAACCUCUGGCGCUGAAAAUACAUCAGGCAAGAAGAAGAAAAAAUAGGUGUCUAAGUAAAGUAGUUUGUUUUCUAAAGGAUAAAUAAAUUUGUAUUGGAAAAUCACAAAUUUUUAUACAUUUCAGAAACAAUAAAAUUAUUGUUUAAAGUAACCAAGAAAAUUUUUCUUUUGAUGCUAUACAACAAACUUAUUUUAAUCAUUUAGUUUUGUAGGUCAUACAUAACACUAAUUACUUAACUUCAUUAGAAUCUGCUGCAAAUACAUCUGGUUCCGACACAAGUGAUCAGAUGACAAUGAUGUUUAUCACAAGGAAGUAACAGCAACAAAGCUCUGUUAGCUUAAGAACAUCCAGUGUUGUAACCCUUUUUUCUCUGUCAUAUAAUACACAAUCUUCAUUCAUGACUUGUAUUUUCACUGUGGUAAUGGUGGGUAUUGGAGCUGCAUGUGUUUUGUAUUAAAAUACUGAAAUUAAA